CGCCCGGCCUGCAGCAAGUCAUCAGCGAGCGCGGCCAGGCCAAGCUGCGCAUCUCCACCAAUCACCUGAUGUUCCCGCGCACGCCGCUCGGUGUGCCGCGCGCCCUGUCCGUCCAGCUGACCAACCUGAGCGGCGAGCUCAUCAAGUGGAACAUGUUCGGCUACAGCAUGCCCUACCUCAUCACGGGUGUCAACUGCAUGGUCAAGUGCGGCUACGACGUGUUCAAGAUGCGACCCAAGGAUGACGUCAUCAAGCCGGGUCAGACGCUGACCCUGCAGGUGACGUUCAGCCCGCCCUACCCGGGACAGCUGACGCAGCUGUUCCAGCUCCUGUGCAAGCCGGCCAAGGAGACGCCGGGGAUGCCGAUGGUGGUGUACACGCUGCCAGUGCAGGUGUCGGGCCGCGGCAGCGUGCUGGACGAGGGCGAGGACGAGUCUGACCUGCUGACGGCGCCGCUGCACGUCUCCGAGGACUACCUCUUCUUCCGGCACUGGUCCAUCUGCCACAAGCUCGAGAUCACCAACAAGAUGAGGGAUGAGUUGCCGGUGGAGUACCGGGUGUCGGGCCCGUUCAAGGUGGUGGCCGGUCCCAAUGAGUCGAGCCUGACCGACCUCACCGAGGGACACAUGAUGGCACCCUCGCAGCGCUACGUCCAGAUGUACGUCUACUUCUGCCCCGAGCAGGCGGGCGCCUUCUCGGGCCAGCUGAAGCUGUGGCUGAAGAGCUCCGGCUGGCGGCACCUGGUGCGGCUGGAGGGCACGUGCCAGGAUGUGGACGCGCUGAUGCAGACGCAGCCCACCGACGGCUGAUGAGCGCCGCUGGCCGGCCGGCGCCGCUGGUGGUGGCCUCCCGGGAUGGUGUAUGUGUGUACCUGACGCGAUUUUCAUCCCCCCACCCGCCCCCAUUCACCCCGAUUCGUCUUUUCCAUUGUGGCGCAGGUGUUUUGCAUUAAAUAGAGUGGCGGUGGUGGUGUAGUGGUUAGGGUGCUCGACUCUGGACCUCUUGGUCUGGGGUUCGGAUCCCGGCCACACCAUCACCGCAUUCCGCAUGAUACAUGUUGGAGGCGUCUCGCCUCGAAACGGUCCAGGCAGUCGGUGAAAUGGAAAGCCCAAGCAUUGCUUCUGAACAGGUUGCAUCCCAUGAGGUGUACCUAUUGACGGAACGUUUUACUUUAAUGACAUUCCUGAAACAUUGGCAUAUAUCUGUACCCAGGCGAGUACGGAGCAGUUUAGAGCAAUGACUGCCUUAGAACAGUGCAAAAAAAAAAUCAGUGCAAAAGUCAGAAGAAGUAGAAAAAGAAAAGCAACUUUCCUGUAAGUGACGUGUUAAUUCACAUUUGAAAUAGCCGGUUCGCUCAGCCAAUGUGAGUGCGCGCGAGAAGCGCCCGCAGAAGUAACUAUGUGCGCCCCCCCCCCCCCUCACCUCUGCCCUCACCCCGCAGCACCUCGGAAAUGUUCCGCAUGCGCCUGUCGGAGAAGGCUGUCCGACCACCAGAUUGGACGGCGGGAUGACUGAGGGGAUUCGCCUGUGUAUUGUAGUUUGGGUGUGGCGAGGCUGCACAAGAGAUGGGUCGUGGCGCUGGCGGUAGUAGGCGGCUGUUUUGCCCGGUGACGUCCAGUAUCAGGCUCGCGAGUUUGGGAGCCUCCCUGCAUCGCGCACCAAAACGUGCAUCCGCGCCGGUCCCGGCUUGUGAUAGGUAACGAUAGGCACCUUUUGGCUAUGGUGCCGUACGACGGCAAGACUGAAAUAGGACGCAGUUCUCAAAUUACGCGUUCGGAAAUGACGCAUGUGCACUUUCUGUGCACUUGGCGGUGUUAUAAAGAUUUGUUUGAUGUGCGUGUUGAGCAGCAGAUUGUGUGUUCGUCCUUGACGUGUCCUGUUCCGAUUAUGUGGCACUCGUGUUAGCGCGUUCGUGACAUGCCGUUGAUGCGCCAUUGAGGCCGGUGCGCCGUUGGCGCGUUUGUGACAUGCCGUUGAUGGCCGCCGCCGGUGCACCGUUGGCACGUUUGUGACAUGCCGUUGAUGGCCGCCGCCGGUGCACCGUUGGCACGUUUGUGACAUGCCGUUGAUGGCCGCCGCCGGUGCACCGUUGGCACGUUUGUGACAUGCCGUUGAUGGCCGCCGCCGGUGCACCGUUGGCACGUUUAUGACAUGCCAUCGAUGGCCGGUGCGCCGUUGGUGCGUUCGUGACAUGCCGUUGAUGGCCGUUGCGCCGAGACCGCGUGUCUCCCCGCGGCCGUGGGAGCGCCGGCAGAGCCGGUCCGUGCUAGGGACCGCCGUUACCGAAUCGGACACCGUCUCACUGCCGCGGAGGACCGCCAGGGAGGGAGCAGCCGGGGCGUGGGAGGCUCGCCAGAUCAUGACGCAGUCAUCACAGCCAGUAACGGGGGGUGAGGAGGGGGGGGGG